ACUGUUUGAAAGCCAAAUAGUUGCUGUUCCCCUCUGCAAACAGUCGCAUCUUGUCGCUUGUCUGCCACGGGCUGCCAGAUCACAGCGUGUGGCUGCGACUUUGGAAGUUUGUUCAACAUUAGAAUAUAUAAACAUCAAUAUAAUAAAGCUCUCUCUCGCGUGCGACCCCGCGCCAAAGUGUUCUUUUUCCCCGGCGGCCUGGGUGGACUAGUAGUUGGUUUGGGGUUUGCGUCCGAUUGCCGUUGGUCGAGUGGGAAAAUUAUUCGCAACACUCUCCCGGAUUCGAUCCGCGGUCCGCGUGCAUUGUGAUAGUGCGUGAUCCUGGCGUGAUCCUCGACCGUCCGGAGCUUUGAGCGUGAAUUGCGCGAAGCUUGCAAGUGGGCUGCUUGUUAGAAGAAAGUGAAAUUUGGGAUGUUAAACGAUCGUUGAUCGUAAUAAAAGGAAGGAAGAAAAAACAAACUGGUGUCAGUGAAGUGUGAUAAAUUGUGACAACGGUUUUGAAGUGAGCAGAACAAAAAAGAGGACAUUUUGUCACGAUUGGGCAGUUUCAAUUUAUGUGAAAACAAAAUAGAAAGGAAUAAUUCCCCUUGCACAAGUGUGAUACAGUGUGUAACGCAAGCAGUGUACCGGAACGAAGGUCUAGCAAAAGUUGUCAGUGACUAAAAACGGACUAGCGAUAGAGUUGUUGUAACGAUCAAUAUAGAAACUUAACCGCGGUGCGUCGGUGAAAGUGAAAGUGAAUUCGUUGCAAUUCAUCGUCCGCGUUGAUCGAUGCGAAAUGUGAGUCAGUAGUGUGAGCGAGCGAUAAGAGUGACCACACAUGAUCAUGAUUCAUUCCCCGACGCCGAGGUACGACUCGUGAGUGCCGCGCGUGUGAAGCAGAAGCGCCAUUAAGCGGUGAUAAGCGGUUGCGUGCGCCGAGCCGAGAGAAUCUCUUCCCUAUCGCCAAAGGAUAACGCCGAAGCCUAUCAGUGUGCAGUGUGUUUAUCGUGUGUUUGACGUGUGUCUGCGUGUGUCUGCGUGUGAGAGUGUGUCAUUGUAUAUGAGUGUGAGGGGGUAGGAAGGUGGAAGACAGGUUGCGAUAAAGAUGCAAAAGCUCUACCCGGAAAGCUCGAUCAACACGAGCAGUAGCAUGGCGGUGGGCGGUGGAGGCGGCGGCGGCGGCGGCGGCGGUGGCGGCAACAUGAGCCCGAUGGCCACCACGUACAGCAGCAUGAACAGUAUGGGGAUGGCGGUCGGCGGCAUGACGUCCGUGUCGCCCCAGGGCGGCGGGUUCGGGGCGACCGUGCUCGGCAGCCCGGGCAUGGGCGGGAUGGGCGCCGCCAUGAACAGCAUGUCGGGCAACUGUCUCACCUCGACGCCGAUCGGGUACAGCUCGAUGGGGUCGCCGAUCAGCAACAUGGGCUCGUGCAUGGGCGGCAACGGCAUGAGCACGAUGGCGGCCAUGUCCGGGUACUCGAGCGUGGCCGGCAGCCGGGAGGUGCUGGGCGAUCCGAGCUCGCCCAACUCGGUCGCGCUGCAGCGGGCCCGCACGGAGAAGCCGGCCGCGACGUACCGGCGGAACUACACGCACGCCAAGCCGCCCUACUCGUACAUCAGCCUGAUCACGAUGGCGAUCCAGAACAACCCGCACAAGAUGCUGACGCUGGCCGAGAUCUACCAGUUCAUCAUGGAUCUGUUCCCGUUCUACCGGCAGAACCAGCAGCGGUGGCAGAACUCGAUCCGGCACUCGCUCAGCUUCAACGACUGCUUCGUGAAGGUGCCCCGCACGCCGGACAAGCCGGGCAAGGGGUCGUUCUGGACGCUCCAUCCCGACUCGGGCAACAUGUUCGAGAACGGGUGCUACCUGCGGCGCCAGAAGCGGUUCAAGGACGAGAAGAAGGAGGUGCUCCGGUCGCUGCACAAGAGCCCGGCGCACGGCGGCAGCCUCGAUGCGGUCGGCAGCCCGGACAAGAAGGACCCGAACGAGGAGCACCACCAUCACCAUCACCAUCACAGCCACAGCCACCACAGCCACCGGACGGAGCACGUGUCCAAGCUGAGCGCGGCAGUCGACACGCACGGCAUGCUGAACAGUGCGCACGGUAAAGACGCGGACGCGCUCGCGAUGCUGCACGCGACGGCCGACUUAUGCUUAGCCCAACAAUCUCAUUCACAGCAUGGUGGUUCGCACCACCCUACGCACCACCACCACCACCAUCCGGCCCACCAGCAGCUGCAGCAGGAGGAAUUGACGGCUAUGGUAAAUCGCUGCCACCCUUCGCUGCUUGGUGAAUAUCACUCGAUGCACCUGAAGCAGGAACCGGCGGGCUACACGCCCUCUAGUCACCCGUUCUCGAUCACCCGGCUGCUGCCGACCGAGUCGAAGGCGGACAUCAAGAUGUACGAGAUGAGCCAGUACGCCGGCUACAACGGGCUCAGCCCGCUGCCGAACUCGCACGCGGCCGCGGCCGCCCUCGGACAGGACUCGUACUAUCACCAGAGCCUCGGCUACCACCAUGCGUCCACGGGCACGACCAGCUUGUGACAUCAGUAUCCGCUGGCAUAAGUGCGGUUGAAAGGCUACUACCACACUGGCACACAGUACCAGCAACAGCACCACCAGCAGCAUCAGCACCAGCAGCAGCAUCAGCAGCACCAACAGAACCAGCAACAGCAGCAACAACAGAACCAGCAGCAGCACCGUCAGCCGCCCGAUCUCGACCAA